AUGCAGUCUUGCGCCAAAGGAAAAUAUAAGGGGAUAAUGGUGUACCAAGAUCAUCUAACAAAGUAUUGUCCCUUAACUUCAAAGAGAGCAGCUGAGGUUGCAUUCCAGCUAAUGGACAUAUUUUUAAUGUUCGGAGCCCCUCAAAUUCUGCAACAUGAUAAUGGUAGUGAAUUUGCAGCAUUGGUUGUCUCGGAACUCAAACUUCUUUGGCCAAACCUGUUGAUCAUUCAUGGUAAACCAAGGCAUCCACAGAGCCAGGGAUCAGUUGAACGCCUUAACUGUGAUAUAAAAGACAUGCUUAUUUCAUGGUUAGGGGAUAAUGAUGCAAGUGACUGGCCCAUGGGACUCAGGUUUGUGCAGUUCCAAAAGAACACCAGUUACCAUUCUGGAAUCAAACAAUCCCCAUACAAAGCACUCUUUGGUGUUGAGGCCAGAGUAGGUCUACACGAAUCACCCGAGUGCAUGAACCCUCCAGACGAAACACCCGAGUGCACGAACCCUCCAGAUGAAACACCUGAGUGCACGAACCCUCCAGACAAUUCACCUCAGAGCACGAAACCUCCAGACAAUUCACCUGACUGCACAAACCCUCCAGAACGGAUGCCACCUGGAGUUGCAUGA